UAUUAUCAAUUAAAAGUGCGGAAUAUCGUGGAGAAUAUCUAUUUUCGUGCUAUAACUGUGUUAUUAAUUUUACUAGACUUUAUUCUUGUUAUUAUCGUGUUGUCUUCGAAUAGUUGUGCUCCAGAAAUUGCUGCCUUGGAAAUUGUUUCUCAUAUUAUUAUAACUUUAUUCGUGUUGGAAAUAGCUGCUCGAAUAUUUUCUCAGGGGAAAGAAUUUUUUUUCAAUUGUUUUGAUGUUAUUGAUAUGAUAGUUGUUCUGAUAUCGUUUAUUGUGGACAUGGUAUUUAUUGUUCUUAUCUUUUCAUUUGAUUUUUUCAGAUUAGUUGUCAUUGGUCGAGUAUUUCGUAUCAUUCGUAUUGUCAGAAUUGUAUAUUUCCUCAUGGUUCAACAUCGACAGGUUACCAAAGCAACGAGAAAAGUGGUUUCUCAAAAUAAACGUAGAUAUCAACGAGACGGUUUUGACCUUGACCUAUGUUAUAUAACAGAAAGAGUGAUAGCUAUGUCAUUCCCAUCUAAAGGUGUUAUGGCCUUGUACAGAAAUCCCAUUAGGGAAGUAGCAAGGUUUUUUGAUACCAAACACAAAGAUCAUUAUAAAAUUUAUAACUUAUGUAGUGAGAGAGAUUACGAUGAAUCUUUAUUUCACAACCGUGUAGAGAGAGUUUAUAUAGAUGAUCAUAAUGUUCCUAGAUUGAGAGAUAUGAUCAAAUUUGCUGAUAAUGUACGUCAAUGGAUGUCUGCUGAUAAACGUAAUGUGAUAGCUAUACAUUGUAAAGGCGGUAAAGGUCGUACUGGGACUAUGAUCUGUUGUUGGUUGGUAGAUUCUGGUCUAUUUGAAGAAGCUUCUGAAAGUUUAGAUUAUUUUGGUGACAGAAGAACAGAUUUAAGUGUGGGAAAAACAUUUCAAGGUGUAGAAACACCAAGCCAGAGUCGCUAUGUUGGUUACUAUGAGAAAAUGAAGACUGAUUUUGGUAGAAAAUUACCACCAACAAAAUAUCUUCGUAUGAAAUCAGUUAAAAUAGAAGGAUUACUAUAUGUUGGCAAUGGAGAUGGCAGUGAUUUAGGAAUGGAAAUCAGACCAGAAGGAGAUUUAAUCUGGGAAUGCCAGUUUGGUACCAACACAAAUUGUGAGACAAUGAAAUAUUCAGAUACUAAUAGUAUUGUAGUAGAAUUAAAAAAUAGUCCAGUUAUUGAAGGAGAUAUUAAAAUUAUGUUUCGAACAACAAGUAAAUUGGUACCGUUAGGUUAUGAUAAGUGUCCUUUCUAUUUUUGGUUCUAUACCUCAUUUAUUGAAGAUCAUACUUUGUAUCUACCAAGAGAUGAAAUAGACAAUCCUCAUAAGAAAAAAGUUCACAAGGUAUUCCGAGAAAAUUUUGCCAUUGAGUUGAAAUUUGAAGAUGUGGAUGAAAAUGAAAUACCAUAGAAAUUUUUUGGUGAGAAACCUUUACAUCAGUUUCACAAAGAUUUUAAAGAUCCAAAUUUAUUCUAAGUGAUGGCCUGCAUAAAAAGGGUGGAUGUCCCUUUAUAAAUUGUAAUGAAGAAUAGGGAAUAUAGCUUUGUUACAGAGUUUUGAAACAGGAAUAUCUCUCUUUUUUUUUACUUUUCCUGGAUAAAAAACAAAUUGGCUUCACACCAUUAACAAAAUCACAUAUAUUGUUGAACACUGGGAGAAAGGGAGUUACAAUUCAUGUUUUUACAAAGCAAUUUUCCUUUUAGUUUAGUUUCACUCUCAUGAUAUAUUUUUGAUCGAAAAAUAGGCCUCUUACCAUGGAUCAUAACAAACUGCACAACCACAAUGUACCAUAUAACAAAACAUUAAAGAAGUGUGUUAUAUUCCAUAAAUUUGUCUUGUGUUAUAUGUGCUCCUCGCUUCUAUAUGUCGUUCAAAUGUACCAGGCUUAAAAAUUUUAAAGUAUGAUGUAUGUAAAUAUCUUUUUUCAAAAGAACUUUUUAUUUAAUGGCAACUAAGAAAAUAAUGCCUUGGUUUACCUUACACACCACAAUACAGUAUUGUCAAAAUAUUCUAUAUAUCACACAGAUUACAGUAGGUUCAUGGUAAUUAGACCAGAUUAAACAGUCUUUUACAUAUUCAGGACUGGACAAUUUAGCACUAAUAACAAUAAUAGCUAGUAAUAAGGUAUGAUUACUAUGGAGCAAAACUACAAUUUUUGCAUCAAUACAAUUAUAAUCUUAAAACCAAGCACAUGGCUCUACUUUGGGUAGUCUUGUAAAAUUACAAUGGAGAACGAAAGGAAAAAAAGGAAACCAAAUUGUAAUUUUGAUUACUUGGCCUUCACCAUCAAAUUUCCAUGAACCUACUCUUGAAUUGUAUAUUUGUCAUCAUGUUUGUAAUUCAAAUUUGUAUGGAGUCCACAUUGUUUUGUUAUUAAAGUUUGUUAUAAAUUUAUUUUUAUUAUAUUUCAUCAUUAUUGCAUCUGCAUUUUUGUAUCAGACCAGAGGCAAAGUCUACGGUCUUCGCACUUUGUUGGUGAAUCAAAUUUUACAGAAUUCUAUUGGAAAAUUUAAAUAUCAGCUUCAAAAUAGUACCAAUAGUCUAUGAAUUGAUAAAGAAUAUAUUUUUUGGUAAGUUUCAGUAAGCACAAAAACCUUUUCCAUCCCUUGAAUGAUCCAUGAUGGCUAUAAGAUUCUUUUCAUGUUUACCUCAUUGGAUUUGAAUUUUGUUAAAUUAAAAAAAAGCCAAAGGAAUAUUUUCUGUAAGCUUUUAGUGUUUUGUUUCAAUUUUCUUUUUGCCACUAUAUGAAUUCAUUUUAAAUGGACAUGUUCUGGAGGUUGAUUUUAGUCUUGAAUAUAUGUAAAUAGUCUUCAGAAGUACUAGAAAUGUAUGAAAAUUACAUAAUUCCUUUAAAAAUACCUCAAACUAGGAAUUUAACUCAAUAUUUAUAUAUAUGUCUUUUCUAUAUGGCAGUCUCAAGAAAAAAUGAGUCUUUAUUUUAACUUUCAAAUCUGUCACUUUUAUUGAGUUUCAGUCAAGGUAUAGAAAUUUAGAACAUUCCAUUUGAUUUAAAUGAUUUUGUUAUAUGCAACUCAGUUGUAAAAAUAUACAGACUUUCCACUUCGUUUUAAAUUGAUCAAAUAAAAACAUUGCAUGUGUAGCAUGUCUUCAAAAUGGCAUUUCAUUAUUUGCCUUAUAUUUCUGUAUCUUAUAAUUUGUGAUAAAAUUUUGUUUUUCAUUUUUAGUGCAAUAAUAAAUGUCGAAGAACAACAUUCCUUAAAAAAAAUAAGUUUGUUAUUGUUUCAUUAUUUUGUUGUCUGCACAAAUUCAUUGCUUUCUGUAGCUCUUUUCAAAAAUGAAUUCUGAGUUUCUAUUUGUCUACAAUGAUUUUUAUGUAAUAUGGCAUAUUGUUAUAUAUUUCUUUCAUAUUUCAAUGAUAAUGAAUAAAAGUGUGUUUUGAACAUGGUCACAAUUACAUAAUAUUUGCACGUGUAAUUUUUGAAUUUUUGAAUUUUUAUGGCAUUAUUUAUGACAAGAAUUCAAAUUUAACAUAUCUUCCUAAAUAAAGCUCUAGAGAUUUAGUUUCCUUUAUAUUCUGUGGGCAAUUCACUCAUUCUAGAUGUAAAAACAACAUGUUUUAAAUAAAAAAUAAUCAAGAAAGCCAAUAGAUAUUACGAUUUCUGUUAACCAAUCAAAACACCCAAAUAUACAAAACAAGUUAUUUCUUUAGAAGCCUUCAAUUGGUUGAUUUGAAAAUUAUUUUUUCCAUUUAAACGUCUUAAGAUCUUGAGUGACUGAAGGUUACCACAGAAAAUUAGGAAAAUAUGUACAGAUUGGCACGAAACUUUGUUAUUCUUUCAUUGUUAUUUUAAAUCAUUGUAGAUGUUAUUGUCAUUGUUAUGAAGAUCAUUUGUUAUUCAUUGUGAACAAAAUACUCGUUUUUCAAAUUUCACUCAUAAUAAAUAUAUUCUUUAAUG